AUUGAUACUGAUGUUGAACCCAUGUAUUGGUGCCCCCAAACAUUUAACUGUUUUAUUACACAGCAAUCUGACUGAUAAACAUUGAUCAGGAAUCGUUAGGAGGUAAAACAUCAGUCCAGAAACAUAAGAAAAUUUGGAGGGUUUUUCAAAAGUAGCCUUUCCUGGUAAAUCUUUACUGACUUAAAGGAAAAAAAGCUGUAUGCUGGUAUGUAAAGUUUUAUUCUUUUCUACUGAGAAAAAAUAUGACCCUACUGUUUUAAAUUUAAUCAAUUUAAAGACUAUGACUUAGUUUUUUUACCUUGCAAUCUCUUGCCUCUUCUUUUGUCAUUAUCCAGAUUUGAAUCCAUACAUUGUUAGUUAUUUUCAGGUUAGACUUGUGCAAUAAAUAAAUGAAUAAAUAAAUAUAAAAUGAUGUCCUUCUUAUUAAAGGUACAUUGGGUUGUUGUUUUUGCUCAGAUAAUUUGUGCAGUUUUUAAUCAUAAACCAUGAAAUCAAAACAAGAUUGCAAACAAUUAUAUUUUGAAAUUUAACCCAGAUUUUUAGAACAUGAAGGGGUUAUGAAUAUUGUGAAAUUACUAUUAUGUUCUACAAAUCUAACACUCAAAAUCCUUGUUUCUGUUUGACUGGACACAAAAUACAGUAGUAAUAUUUGUAACAAACACUUAGUAUUUUUAUAAAUCUGACUCUCUAUGUAGACUUAAAUUUUUUAAAUAAACGUGAAAUGUGUGAACUUGUAAAAACAUUUUCCAAUUCAAACACAAUGUGAAUAUUCAUGUUUUAGCCUAAAAUGUGGGCAGUUUGGGUGUUAUUUGUCAUGCUUUUGUAGAAAAAACAAGUUUUUUAAUUUAUUUUUGCCCUGGACUUUGUAAGUUCACAGACAAUCAUUAAGAUGUCAAUCUCAGGUGAUGUGUCAACUCUGAAAUUAUGACCUGCUCCAGUGUACCGCAGCGGGGUGUCUUUUGCCAAAGGUGUUGCUAAGCAACAAAGUAACACAACCCAUCUUUGUUUGUGUGUGAAUUGAGGUGAGCAGUGAGCAGCAAUAUCAGGAACAUGCAGGCAGGAGAAAAGAAAAAAACAUGGGACUGGAGUCGUUUCAGGCCAGAGCACAUGACACACUGGCAAAGGAAUCACCCAGUCAUGUUUCCUCAUCUGCAGACAGACCACUGGACCAAAAUGAAAACAAUGGUUCCAGUUUAUCUUGCUGCAGUUCCAGCUGCCUUGUUAAAAGACAGAGUGGAUGACUCACAAGAACAAACUCCACACCACUCAGCCAACAGCAGCCUUUUACCUCCACUUACUCGAGAUGAAUCUUCAAUCAAUCAUCAUGUUCCCUCUCAUGUGCAAAGAGCUGGUGUGCCUGAAAAUAGACCAUACACCUCACCGCAAAACAUACCCCAGUACAGGAAUGUGUAUAAUGACCGUGCCAGGAGAGGUUUCUGCUACUGGCUCGUUGAAAAAAAGAGCCCAACAUGUAAGGGAUACAGCUUUGGUGCCUAUAAGACCUGCCUAGGACUACCAAAAGUCUAAGAAGUGUUACAACAACAGUUGAAUUGUUUUAAACCCUUUAUCCCCAUCUGGUGAAAUUACUUUUAAAUUUUGCAUUUUUUCCCAAAAAGCCCUUAAAGGAUAUGCAAUCCUAGUAAAUUUUAUGUUUUCCUGUGAUAAUGAAUACAUUUUGGUUGUUUUCACAAGAUCUCGACUUAUUUGUCUCAUCUUAUGCUAGCUUUCCUAGAUACUGAGUUCAUUUUUUGUCUUUUUCUCAUUAUCUUGAGAAACUAUCUUGCCAUUGUGGGGGAAGAAGCAAUAUUAUCUGGUUAUGGCGUUGAUAAGUCAAGAUUUCAAGAAAUUGAAUGGAAAUUACUUGUUGACAAUGGAAAAUAAAAUAAAUGUAUUGAUGUAUCUGCCCAUGUUUUAUUUUGAAAUGUGUAACUUAUCUUCAGUCACCUGAUCUAGAGUGUCUUUGCUCAGGAUGUACUUUGUCUUUUAAAUUUUAUUGUUUUUAUGUGCUUUGAUAUUGUGUAAACUAUGUUCUUAACUUUAAAUUUAUUUAAAAACACACAAUGAAAUUCUCACCAACUGUAUAGAAAUUCAAGUGAGGUGUGUUGUAAUUGAAUUAAUUUUUUCAUAGUUUUAUUUUUUAUUUAGUUAAACAUUUCCAAUAGCGUUUGAACGUUGUUUAAAACAUGCUUUUGUUCAGUCAUUGCUGUUUUCAUGCGCUUUCCUAUCCUAAAUUUUGGCCUCACUUUCCCUGUAUUAUAGUUUACUACGGCUCAUUCGCCAAAUGUCAUUAUGAUAUGUUUCAUCUCGCGAGAUGUACCCUAAACUCUGAGUAGGGCGCAGGGCGGUCACACCAUCUAGCAUUUUUUUUAAACAAAUACUUUAUCAAAUAUUUAAAGUGAAACGUUAAAACGUUUCCUGUUUUGUUUCUGGUCGGAAACGUCGUUGUCGAGAACCGUUUUUACUAACUGAGCUGAACAGAGCCGAUUGAACAAACACGAUUAACUGCGAAUUUACAGGAGUUUCAUCCCAGCUUUGCCAUCUCUGCCUCGCCUAGUAAGAAGACAUGAACAUCAACAGAAACAAGGUGUCAUUUAAGUGGCUAAAAAAAGCAGGCACCUCACCUGCACACCUUCAAAGAGGAAGUGCUGGCUCAGGCACGCCCUCUCGCAUAAACAUGCCACCAGUAGCAGAUUCAAAUACUUUGCCCAUCAGUGAUUCUCCAGGACCAGAUGGAUUUGGAAAGCUGACUUUGUGCACCCCAAAGAGAAAAGCAGCGGACCUUGAUGAGAAUGAGCCCUCUGUAGGCAAAAAUAAGCUGAGGAUACUUUCCAGGAGAAAUUCUGAAAACCUCAUGACCUCAUUGGAAAUACCCAUGGACAUCUCAUCCAAGCAGAUUGAAUCCCCAUCACAUUCUUUCAUCUUAAAAAAGAAAGAGAGGACACCAGAGGAAGGAUCAAAAGCUAUCUACAGGACUGCAGUGCUUGCAGCCAUUGGCAGCACAACAGCACGAAACAACACUCCAAAAACCCCCAGGGCUCACUCUAAGAGCCCUCCUUUGCCAUUUGAAUCGUUACCAGGGACAUCUGAAGAGACUAGUCCAGCUUCAGUGUCACUUGUUGAGCCAGUCAUGACUGUUAACUGUUCCCCUAUCACACCUGAGAAGAGAUACGAGCAUAACAGCCCUAUCCAGGAAGGUCAGUGGCCUCUUCUUCAUGGGUUUGAGGAUGAAGGAGCCCAAAGUGACGACUUGGUGCCCAAAACAGACAUGAGAAAAUUUAUGCUGAGAGAAGAAGAUUCACCCAGGACAUUUAAUGCUUGCUGUUCUACGUUUGAAGAGACAACCUCUCAAGAUGAGUUGCUCACUACAGAAAAUUACCUGGAAACUGAGGACUGUGACUCAUUUCUCCCUGAUUUGGAGUAUAUACCUCCUUUACCUACUCAUUGGAAAAGCCCUUUUGAUAGCCAACAAUUGCCAGGUCCUUCAGUGAACACUUGGAGAGCUGCAGCUUCCUCUCCAGCUGAUGAAAAUCCUUUGGCCCUCCAAGCAUCUGUUGAGGACCUGUGGAGGUCUUUCCCACCCUCACAGAGGACAGUCUGUGUCACAGGAGAUACACCAAAACUUCCGAAAACAAGGCCUUCAAGAGCAUCCAGAGCCAGGACUGAUCGCUGCUUUUCCAGCUGUAUCCCCUCCUUGUCUGACCCCUUUGCUCUGCCCCUCUACUCAAAAAGAAGAUCCUCAAACUCUCACCUGAAGUCUUCAACCAGACGCAGACAGUUAGAUUAUGGCGGUUAUAUACCUCAUACUGCUAACUCAUUUACUUGUGAGGCUGCUCCUAGAAGAAGAUUAUCCUUGGGGCCAGAACCUGCAUUUACUCCUUACCCUUAUCUGGAUGAUCACUAUAGUUUUAUAGAUACUCACUGCCAUAUAGACAUGCUUUAUGGAAAACUUGGCUUCAAGGGGACGUUCAGGAGCUUUCAGAGAAAGUAUCGAACCAGCUUUCCACCACAGUUUAGCGGCUGUAUUGCUGAUUUUUGUAACCCAGGGGUCAUGAUGAAGGAGGCUCUGUGGGAGGGUUUGCUGGAUGAAGAUAAGGUCUGGGGGGCUUUUGGGUGCCACCCCCACUUUGCAAAAGACUACUCAAAAGCCCAUGAAGAGAAUAUAAUGAUGGCCAUGCAGCACCCAAAAGCAGUGGCGUUUGGCGAGAUAGGUUUGGACUACUCGCACAAAAACAACACCCAUUCCUCCAAGCAAAAAGAGGUGUUUGAGCGACAGCUGUGUUUGGCUGUGAAGAUGCAGAAGCCUCUGGUAAUCCACUGCAGGGAUGCAGAUGAAGACCUGCUGGAUAUCAUGAAGAAAUGUGUCCCAAGGGAUUAUAAAAUCCACAGGCACUGUUUCACAAACAGUUAUUCAGUGAUUAAGCCCUUCCUGACGGAGUUCCCAAACCUGUACGUGGGCUUCACAGCACUGAUCACCUACCCCAAAGCCACUGAAGCCCGAGAUGCUGUCUGCCAGAUCCCUCUGAACCGCAUCGUGUUGGAGACUGAUGCACCAUAUUUUCUGCCCAGAGGGGUUGGCAAAAACGUCUGUGAGUUCUCACAUCCUGGAAUGGGCAUCCACACACUGCAGGAGCUUAGCCGACUGAAGAAGGAAGACAUUGCUACUGUAUUCUCCACUGUUCGUGACAACACCACUCAUCUGUACGGCAUAUGAACUCCAGAUAUGAAGGAUGAAAACAAGCAAUGAAAGAUAAGAGUGAAUCAGUGCUUUUGGAGCAAACAUCCUGCUGAUUUCUGUUGAAGAUUUCCCAUACCUCCACAUCAGGCUGGCAGAAUAUGGAGCUUAUGUCCUGCUGUAACAAACAAGAAAGAAUUUAAGAUUUCCUGACAGAAGAAAUGAAAGGAAACAGUGACUGUAUCAAAAACACAGCACCUUUGCUUGUAGAAAUAGUGUAUAUCAUUGUUUCUCUCAUAUUUUGUGACACCAUUCAUCACUAAUUUAAUUCCUCAGUGUUUUGAAUUGUAAGUUAUUGUUCUUGCCGUGUUUUAAUUUAACAUCCCCGUCCUUGUUCUAGUUUGUCUGGAUGUUUGUGUUUUGCUGUUUGAAUUGCUAAACUGUGUUAAAUUGGACACAGAUUAACACUGACGUGUUGUCUUUUUUAUUUCUGUAGAUAGGUUUUGUUGAACAUCUCUUUAAUGUGCAUAAAGAGCCCCUGAAGUUGUUUGGUAGAAGAAAGUAAAGUAUCUGUAAUACCUUCAUGCAGACUGGUGUGGUGUUUGCCAUGAGUAAAGCUUUUUUCCGCACACAUCACGGGGCUGAGAGACGAGUCCAUUAGCUUGUUUUGAUUCCUCUUUGUUGGGUGCACACAUUUAGCUUGAGUGCUUUUUAUUUUGAGAUAAUUAUACUCUGCUGCAUG